CUCUCUCUCUCUCUCACACACACACACACACUCACACACUCACACACCAUCAGGCCGCCGGUGGUUACCUUGUGUGUUUUCGAGUCGCCACAGUGAGCCUGGAGGCUGCGGACCAUGCGGGGCUCCGGGGACAGCUGACACAGAGCCAUGACCGACCUGAAGUCCAAGUCGGAGGGCCGGCGCGAGGAGGACCGGGAGGAGGGCCCGGACGGCGGCUGGGGCUGGGUGCUGGUGGCCGCGCUCUUCAUCAGCACCAGCCUGGUGUUCGGCCUGAUGCGGAGUCUGGGGAUCUUCUUCGUGGAGUUCGUCCAGUACUUUGAGGAAAGCGCUCACGCCAUCUCCUGGAUAUCCUCCAUAGGACUGGCAUCGCAGCAGUUCUUCAGCCCCCUGGGAGCGGCGCUGUGUAACGCCUAUAACACCAGGCUGGUGGUGAUGGCGGGCGGCCUCCUGGCCGGACUGGGCUUCAUCCUGGCGUCUCAGGCCACCAGCGUGUUUCACCUCUACCUCACCAUGGGCGUCGUCUCAGGUUUCGGAUGGGGCUUGAUCUUCAGCCUGGUGGCGACCGUCAUGGCCGCCUUCACCCGCCGCCGCGCCCUGGCGCUGGGCCUGGCCUUUUCCAGCAUCGGCCUGUCGUCCUUCGCCUUCAACCCGCUCUUCCUGCUGCUGGUGGAGCGCUACGCCUGGAGGGCCCUGCUCAUCCUGGGGGGCCUCAGCCUGAACAUCAUCCCCUGCGGGGCGCUCAUCCGCCCCCGGCGGCAAACCAAAGCCCCGCCGAAGGCCCGCCCGGCUCCGGCGGGUUCGGAGCGCCGGCAGUCGUGCGCCCAGAGGGUCUCCUCCUACCUGGAGCUGUCGCUGCUGCUGGAGCGGCCCUACCUCACCUUCGCUCUGGGCGUCAGCCUCUUCAACAUGGGCUACUUCGUGCCGUACUUCCACCUGGUGGCCCACAGCCGCCAGGCCGGCUUCUCCGAGUACCAGGCCGCCUUCGUCAUGUCGGCCGCCGGCAUCACCGACAUCCUGGGCCGCGUGGCGUCCGGCUGGUUCGCCGACCGGCCACUUCCGCCUGGUCCACUGAUGAGCCUGUGGACGUUCCUGGCCGGGGUCUUCAUCAUGCUGCUGCCCGUCAGCUCGCUGACCGGCUCCUACGCCGCGCUGAUGACGGUCGCCCUCUUCUACGGCUUCACCUCCGGGGCGCUGACCUCCCUGGUGUUCGCCGUGCUGCCCGCCAUCGUGGGCGUGGAGCGCGUGAUGGGCGCCCUGGGCCUGCUGCAGCUCAUUGAGAGGCUCUCCGGGCUGCUGGGCACGCCGCUGUCAGGGCUGCUGAAGGACACCACAGGGAGCUACGUGGCGUCCUUCCUGGUGGCCGGCGCCUUCCUCAUCCUCGGCACCUUGACCAUGGCCACUCUUCCUCACUUCUUCUCCUGCAAGAAUCCUCUUCCUCCUCCUAAUCGGAGAGGCUCCGCCGCCGACAAGGAGUCCAGUCUGCACCCGGAGCUGGAGCAGAUGAACGAUCUGACCUCCGACCCCAAUCAGAGGGGACUGGAGUGAUCUGGCAGGUCAACGUUUCAGCUUCAAGCAAUGUGUUCAAGGCGCGGGAGCGCCGCCAAUACACACGCCGCUGUGUGUGGCGGUCAAUCGUCUUUAUACCUCAGAAACUGGCUUUAAGUGAAGAAUCCUUUAAACCGGCAGGAAGGAGCUGCUUCUAUGAUUCAGAAGGACAUUCACACAUUUUGUUUAUCAUCUCUGUUCGUUUGGAAAUAAGAAAAACAAUGAAGGAGUACAUAUUUUACCUCAGAGGGAGAACGGUCUGAAUGGAGAACUCCACUAAAAUCAAGAGUUUAGAAUUUUCUGAGACGUUUGAGACUUUCACACUUCAAAGUUUUUGCACAUAUGUGAUUCAUUUAUAGCAAUCCUCACUUGCACUGCGUAUUCCAAAAGUGUAUGAUAAUCCACAAACGUGUUGCCGGCCGUCAUAGUAAUCUUUUUUUUAUCUGCAGAUAGCCAUUAGGGACAACUGCCAGCAACACAAUAAGUAAAUCAUUAGUGGAAGGGUAGAUAUUUAAUCUUAAAGAGAAAAUAAUCUGUUGAAACCAAACGGAGAGCGCUAAAGGCCAGAAGUUUAUGUAGUUUAUAAAGUAGAGUUGCGUUCCCUCAAAGGGGCGGUGAGGACAGAGAAAAAAAAAGAUAUAAAUCUGAUUUAGUCUCCGAUAAUAAAUCAGGAUUUUAGUGAGAUUUUCAGCUUUUCUCCUGACAUGGAGUGAAGCUUCUGAUUUUCUGAAAUUUGGAGAACAGCUCGCUGAAAACGAAGUUAGUUGAGGCCAGUUAAAGAUGUUUGAACCCGGGCUGUCAGAGUUAAUCACAUUAAUGUAGGGUCGACGAAAGAUUCAUUCUUUUUAAAGUUUGAAAACUGUAAUUUGUAAUGUAGUAAAUGAUUCCCUAUACUUGUAAAAUACUUUUCCAGGUGGGAAUCAGCUAUGGAUUAUUUUCUAAUAUUUAGUUCCUGCUCCGUUCUUGCUUUAGACACUGGAAACUGUCCACCACAUAUCAGAAUGAAGCUUUUAAACAUCUUGGUGUUUUAUAGACCAGUAAGUGCUUUAAAAGCAGCCUGAGCUUCACGCUGCUUCAUGAAGGGCAGAAUAAAUUCCCCCGGAGACUCUCGGUCUCAGGAACUCUUCUCAC